AUGGAUUCCAGAUUUUCAAAGCUGUUUUUGUCAGUGAACAAGGCAACAAUGAACAUGCUUCACCUGUUUACUUUCAUGUUGGCACCAAACAUUUAUAAAGCGCAAUGGUUUUUGUGCUGGUUGCAAGCUUUGGGCAAAUUCGGCAUCAUCCGUGUGGAAGAUCUUAUCCAUGAGAUCAUGACCGUGGGGCCUCAUUUUAAGGAGGCCAACAACUUUCUCUGGCCAUUACGGCUAAAGGCACCAUUGGGAGGUCUGAAGAAGAAGAGAAACCACUAUGUUGAAGGAGGAGAUGCUGGCAACCGUGAGAAUUACAUCAAUGAGCUAAUCAGGAGAAUGAAUUAG